AUGUCCCAACUCGAAUCACAAUCAGGCUUUGCCUUGGGGGCGUAUUCGGAAAAUCAAACGGUUGUGGUACAAGAACAGCCCCGUACUGCAACGCCGGAUGGAGGCUACGGCUGGAUUGUCACCCUCUGCGUUGCAGUUGUCAAUGCUCAUUCGUGGGGCGUCAACGCUGCAUACUCGGUGUUCCUGGCUUAUUAUCUAAAAAACGACACGUUUCCGGGAGUCGGGCCCCUCGAGUAUGCGUUGGUCGGAUCCUUGAGCAUCGGAUGCACUCUUUUACUCUCCCCACCCGUGACUAUAUUUGUUCGAGCCGUCGGGACACGGCCUACCAUGGUCUGCGGUGCUCUCCUACAGUCAGUGAGCCUCAUAUGCGCGAGCAUAUCGACUGCCUCUUGGCAGCUUUUGCUGUCCCAGGGUGCCUUCUUCGGCAUCGGAAUGGGGUUAAUGUUCCUUCCAUCGUACGGCAUCGUUUCCCAAUGGUUCACCAAGCGACGUGCACUGGCCAAUGGGGCGGCGAUCGCAGGAGCUGGUCUUGGAGGCCUCACAUAUUCCCUGAGCGCAUCGGCGUUGAUUGGGAGCCUAGCCAUUUUACUCAUCAAAACCCGGUACGAAUCGAUUGGUUCACGGCAACUGGCCUUUGACUUUACUCUUCUCAAACGAAUGGAAUACAUCGCUUUGCUGGUCUUUGGCUCUUUGAGUAUGCUUGGUUAUUUCGUUCUGGUCUUCACCCUCGCCAACUAUGCGAAUGAGAUCGGGCUUGACGACUCUCAAGCGGCAGCCAGGCACUCGGGCGUCCACUCAUUGGAUACUUCGGCGACAGUUUUGGGCGUUUCAAUCUGGAUCAACGCCAAAACUUACGGAUUACUGAUCUUCUUUGCCCUUGUGGAAGGCACCGUGGGUGGUGUCUUUUGGGUACUUGCUGCGCCGGUCAUGGCUGAGAUCAUUGGUAUCGAAAAUCUACCCUCGGGACUGAGUAUCUUCUGGGUUGUGCUGGCUAUUCCGUCGAUUGCCAGUGCGCCAAUCGACCUGCAGAUUGUGGCCAAGAGCGGCUCGUAUGUCUGCGCACAAAUCUUUACAGGAGUUGUCUUCGUUGUUGCUGGCCUCUGCAUGGGUCUUCUUCGAGGUUGGCAGAUCAGCCAAAAUGCUAAGCAGAGGAGUGAAAGGACCAUGUACCGAACUGACGCCGUAACAGAGGAAGCACAGUGUGGACAUCCCAAAAGGUUUGUCCGUGCCUGCUUUUGGAAGCAAAUUAUCUGA